CGCACAAUCGCUAUCGUCGUCUUUCAUCGCCUCACUUCACAAUAUGUAAAAAUCGCUUGAAGUCCGCCAUAAUCCCAUUCACAGUUUUUCGCCCACAUUUAUUUUCAUUUCCCCAAAUAAUCCUGCUAAACACUUCUUAUCAAAGUGGUGCAUGCAUGAUGUCUCGCGAAAGGCUUCUGUUGAAUUCACGACCUAAAUUUGUUUUUAAUUCGCAUCAACACCUAUUUAUUUUUCCUAAAUUUAGCACCCCUAAAACUAAAAGUAAAAAUUUGAAUUUUCCUCCCCAUUCGAUUCAUCAUUCCCCCUUCGAACGGCCAACGUGAACUGUUCAGAGUAUAUAAGUAUAAAGAAGAAACGGUCCACACAUUAUCAAGAAAAAAAUGUUGGACCCUCCCAUUCUUGGCGCGCACACGUAUGCGUGGUACCACAUGGAGCAUUAUGGGACCCACAAAACUGCUCCAAAUUCCGACCGCUUUUCCUUCCUCGAGUCGCAGCCCGGUGUGUCCACCAACGACAACCCAGCGCCCGCCACGGUGCACGGGGAUGAGUUCACCGCCUGGGGCCGGAUUUCCGGGCACUUCGGGCAGCUGGCGAGUUCCAAAUACAUCCAGGGCAUGACCGCGGGGUUUUUCGUGUUACUCUUUAUCACGGGACUGUUCGGGAUCUGGAGGAAGCUGAUCCGCCCGAGAAUGUUCAACGUGAAGCAGGUGAUAAGCCAAUCCCGGACGGACACCCAGCUCGCGUUCCGCUACUCCAAGGCCGGCGCGGCUUUGUACUGCGUGUGGAUCCUUUUCGUGACCUUCAUGCUGUUCACCAUUUCCUCCGUCAUCGCGGUCUACGUCGACAAAGACGGCGCGGAAGAGGGCACGGCGGUUUUAGCUUUGCAAAAAAUGCUGCUUCCCUGUGCCGACGGAAAGGACGCGCACGCGGGUGGGAAUUUUUACAUGUUUCAGUGCGUCGGGUGGGGCAACCAGAAACCAGACGCGGUGAAUGCGAAACUCCAGUUCGGGUUCGUCUUCAUUUACACCUGGAUUUUGCUCACCAUUUUGAUGGGUUUCUUCUACUUCGCGGACCUGUACAACGCUCUCACCCUGGCGGAAGUGGCCGAGUUGGUCGACGCCAACAUUAUCGGGUUUUCGGAGGACGUAUCAAAUGCAAAUAUGUCUGGGUCUGGAAGAAUGCAAGAUUUGUCAUGCAUAUUUCUCAUGACCCAUGAGGCCUGUAAUGCUUGACCUAGCAUCGCAGACUUUUAGAGGGCUUCCUGAUGCACCUUCCGCAUGAGAAAUGCCCUGGCCGUGUAGCAAAAACUGCGCUCUUCUUGCUGGUCAUGCAAUACAAACUUUCUUACAGUUCGAAAGCAGCAUGACAAGUUCGAAUCUUCCAGACCCAGACAUUUUUGCAAUCCAUAGGACGUCUGGGAGCUGGACGAGUCGGCGUAUUUCACGGGCCAGGCGGGGCAAACCGAGCAACCGCAGGGGCGAAGAAACAUCCAGAAGGCGAUGACGUCCAGGAACUUGCAGCCGAUCCAGUACGUGUGGAUCUCCACGGAACUGACCAAAGCCGACACGGACCGGGAGUUGCAAACGAUCUAUGAUAUGGAUAUGGCGGUGGACGACGAGGCAAUUUCCGGGCCCUCCGCCGCCGGCCCCGGCGAGACCGGAGCCUUUGUCCGGUUGGAAGACGAUUACUCGGUGCAGCGACACUAUGCAAAGCAAAUAUGUCCUCUGGGUCUGGAAACUUGUAAUGCUGGGUUGGGAACAGUGAAUCCUCUGUAAUGCACAGCCAAGCAUGAGAAGUAUCUGCGCUGCUCAGUAUUGCAGUUUUCGCAUGACAAGCUGCUUUUUUGCAUGAUGACAAGCAAAAGGGUCUCUUCUUGAACACGCAUCACAAACUCUUUACUCAUGCCAGACAAGCAUGACAAACCUUGCACCCUUCCAGACCCAGACAUAUCUGCAAUGCAUAAACACCAACGACAGUCGAUUUCGGGCAACCGGAUGAGCUACGGGAACGCGGCGCACGGGGGUGAUGUGGAAGUGAAGAUUUUCCAUUUCAAAUGCCUGAAGUACGUCUACGACACCGCCCAGGGUAAAUUCGUCCCGCGCAAGGAGCGGCUGGAGCACUUGUCAACCUCCCAGUUGAAGGGACAGUUCUUCAAAAACGACCAUUUAUCCUCCCAGCAGGACACGGCGGGCACGCAGGUGAAGCUCGGGCUCGGGAAGGUCACCUACGACCGGAUUGAGAACUUGCAGGGGUACUUCGGAAAAAACGUGAUCGAACCGCACGAGGACAAGACGUUUUUCAUGUGCCUCUACCAGGAAUUCACCGGGAGUUUCAUGUACGUUUUCCAAGUGCUCGCCGCGUUUCUAUUCAUCUUCUUAGACGCGUGGUACGUCACGAUUAUUUACGAGGUGAUCUUCAUCACUUCCGGCGUUCUCAACGCGUUCUACGAUUACCGAGGCUGGAACCGGAUUCUGGCGAUGAGCAAAUCCCUCACCCGGGUGAGGUGCUGGCGGAAUGGAUUUGAGUUCAACUCGAAAGCGCAAUUUUACGAGGUGAAUUCCGAAGAGUUGCUCCCGGGCGAUAUCAUCGAAAUCACGGACGGCAUGGUGUUGCCGUGUGAGGCGAUGCUGGUGCGGGGGUCAGUUCUUAUGGACGAGUCCACCUUAACCGGGGAGUCCACCCCGAUGGAAAAGGAACCGGCGGAAGACAAGGGGCCGAAGAGACCGUUGGACACAGUGAAGGACAAAACCCACAUGUUAUUCAACGGUACCGAGGUGAUCGCGGUGUUGACAAGUUCGAAACCGGGUGAUGGCGGCCAAUCGGUCCCGCAGUCGCCGGAUCUGUCCCCGGUGCGCGGGGUGACCGGGGAUGUGGUAACGCGGAAUUCUGGCCCGGCGAACGAAUUUUCGAAGCACGCGGUCUACGCAGUGGUGACGGCGAUCGGGACCGGAACGCUGAAGGGAGAUUUGAUCCGGACCAUGUUCUACCCCCUGGCGUUGUUCUUCGAGUUUGACUUCGAACUCCGCACCGUCUGGUUCUACCUCUCCUGCCUGCAGCCGAUGGUGCUGAUUCUGCUCUUGAUCUGCACGAACCCCUUUAAAGACGACGAGCACUUCGAGAUCAUUAUUGGUGUUCUAGUCACCGCUUUUACCUCUUUCGCGCAAUUGGUCAACCCGUUGAUUCCGACCAUGAUGGCCCGCGCGUCCGACAUGUCCGCGCGACGUCUGGAAAAAUCCGACAACGGCGGUAUCCUCUGCAUGGAACCGCAAAAAAUCGCGCAGGCGGGGAAGGUGAACCUCUUCUGCUUCGACAAGACGGGUACAUUAACAAAGGAGGGUAUGGACUUCUUCGGAAUUACCAUUGACCGGAAAGGCCCGGCGCGGGGGUCGUUAGCCGGGGACUUCGCUUUGAAAAAGCAGGGCACCCGGGCGGUCAAAGGGUCGGUGUUGAUGAUGCCGAAAAUUGACGAGUUUUCCCGCCCGCAGAACAUCCCACUAUCAAAUGCAAAUAUGUCUGGGUCUGGAAGAAUGCAAGUUUGUCAUGCUUGGUCGACCACACAGACAAGUCUGUCAUGUUCGUUGCGCUAGUACAGUGCCACUUGUUUGUCAUGAUGCAAAAAGGCAAUUCGUCAUGCGGUUAACGCUAGAUAUAGUCGCUCGGAAACAACUUGUCAUGCGUGGCUCCGCAAUACAGUUUGCGUAUGAUUCGGACAUUGGCAUGACAACUUUCCAGAGCCAGACAUAUUUGCAAUGCAUACCCACUCGCGGAAAACAAUUCCGAUCGGGGAGUCACGACGGACCCCUCCGACGACGACUAUCCUGUGCAAAAGUAUCGUACUCGUAUGGCAAUCAUGCAUUGCAAAUUUCUUUCUCAAGGUAAAUCCGCAUUACAAAUUUUAUUUUUCAUGCUGAGGGAAUUUGUCAUGCAUUUAUACGAGUGCGAUACUUUUGCAGUUCAUAACGACGCGCGGAAAACCAUUGGCACGCACAUCGCAGGCGGUGGGCCAAAAACCCCGAAAAAACGGUCCACCAGCAAGAAGGCAAGCGGAAACAAGAAUACGCAACGUGGAGCUGCUGCAGAGGGCGAAGUUGCGGGAGGGGUGUUUUCCGAGGGGGAGGCGGCGGGAUAUUACGGUCCCGAGGGCGAGGGCAUUUCGGAGGCCCGGAUUCCCCAGGUGUCCGGCAUUCUGCGGGCUCCGAUGGAUGCGGAGGCGGCCUACGCGGAUCGGGUCACUGGAAUUGUCGCCGUUGCGAGUCCAACCGGUCCGACCUUGUCUUCCCCGACGAGUCCCCAGCAGAGCGAAAAAACAACCAGCAGUGGUCAUUCCGCGUCGGCGGUGCCGAAGGAGGAACUGGCGCAGGUGGUCACCCAGAUGCGAAAGCGCGGGUCGAUCGUUGAGGGUUCGAACGUUGCGCCGCACAUUAUGGAGUUCUCAAACGUUACAUUCUCAACUGUUACAUGGAUUUGUCAUGCAAAAACACCAUCAUCAUCCACACGAUCAAGCUGCUUGGCAUGACAAAUUUGCGACGGACUAAACAGCACCUAAAUCUGUUCGAAAUUUGUAAUGCUACAGGUGCAACCUACCCCCUUUCACUUUUUCCAUUCUUGCAUCACAAAUUUAUGAAACACCUGAGAGUGUAACGCUUGAGAACCCCAUACACAUCAAGGAGGCGUUUGCGGAAGUCAUGUUCGAACAGGGAGACCAGGUGGGAUUCAACAAGCAACUGACCAAAACCGGGAACGACGCGGCUUUGUUCGCGCUCGCCUGCUGUCACUCUUUGUCCGUCGGCCCGGAUCUGUCGAUUGUCGGGAAUCCGUUGGAAAAGGAGGCUUUGUCCUCCGUCGGCUGGAACCUGACCCGCUACAGCAUCCCGAUGACCGGGCCCCGCGGGGAGCAGGACACGAGAUCUGCGUUGAUGGUGGUUGGCCCCGAUGCCGCGCACCAGCAGGCGCUGAUCCUCCGCAAGUGGAAGUUCGACCAAAGUCGGCAGUUGCAGGUCACUUUGACCUGCACGCAUGACGUGCAGAACCCGGAUAAGAAAAAGGUCACGGUGUUUGCGAAGGGGUCCAUGGAGGCAGUGACGAAGCUCUGCUCCGGGGAGGCGAUGACGCAGUCGCCGAACAGCAAGAAAAAGCAGCAGGCGAUUGAAAAGCGACUGACGGAUUUGUCGCAGACGUAUUCCUCGAAGGGGUUUUACGUUUUGGGACUUUGCCAGGCCCAGAUGGACCUUAUGCAUUGCAAAGUUAUCGUACUAGUAUAAAUUGCAUCACAAAUUCUCUCAAGUACAAAAAUGCAAUUUGUCAUGCUACUUUGGGUAGAAAGUUGGGUUUGUAAUGCAUGACUGCAAUUACUACGAGUGCGAUACUUUUGCAGUGCAUAGCCCUCGACUGGUCGCAAUUGGAUAGCGUUUCGCUCGACGAUGUGUUGACCCAGUCCAUGUUCGAGUACCUCGGCAUGCCGCUGUUCCGGAACGAAUUGCGGCCGGAAUCGUUUCUCGUGAUCAAGGAGCUGAAGGCCGCAAACGUGCACACAGUGAUGAUCACGGGGGACAGUGUCUACACCGGCGUGGCGAUCUCGAAGCAGGUCGGUUUGGUCGAGCACUGUCCUUUCUGCAUUUCCGUGAAUCCGGAAGAAAACUUACCCGUUUGGGAAGAGCUGGACGACAUCCAGGGCCCGGACGGGAAAGUGCAGCCGAAAAUCAAAAACAACCGCGAUUUGGACCAACUCCACCACUUGCUGAAAGCGAACAACUAUCCUUUGCAAAAGCAUCGUACUCGUACUAAUUGCGUUCAUGCAUAACAGAUAUCUGUGUCUACCUUUUUCAGCAUGACAAGUCCCAUUUUUGCUCUUGGCAAAAUUUGUCAUGCGAUUUGUACUAGUACCAUACUUUUGCAAUGCAUAACAACCACGGAACGCAUCGGGGUGUCGAUUUUGUCUCUUGUGCGAUCUCCGCGGACGCGUUUAACAAAAUGACGACGGAACCGGGGUACGCGACCUUGUGGCACAAGUUGCAACCAUACAUCCAAGUGUACGGUCGGAUCAAGCCGGAUGGGAAACGGAAGGUUAUCCGGUUCUUCCAGGACCGGUCUUCCCGUUACGUGAUCGCCAUGUGCGGCGACGGCGGCAACGACACCGGGGCUUUGAAGCAGGCGCAGGUGGGGGUCGCGUUGGUGCACGGCGGACAGUCCUCCGCGCAGAACGAAGACGAUGACGGCUCGACGAGCAACGUCGUGGCACCGUUCGUCGCGAACCAGGACGACAUUUCGAAAACCGUGACGAUCUUGAAGGAGGGUCGCGCGUGUCUCGACACCUACAUUGCGUCAUUUUACCUCUUCACGGUGUACGGCCUGACCUGGAUCUUCUGCGGGAAAAUUUACAUGCAGACCAAGCUCGCGUUCGGCUCCUUCGCGCAAUUCGCUACCCUGGAUUUCGCGUUUGCACUGACGUUGCCAUUGACAUUGUCCUUCCAAGGGGCCCGGAACAAACUGGGGACGACCACCCCGAACUCCGCGAUUGCGCAGCGGGACUCGCUGAUCUAUCUGGCCGCGUUUUGGGGCGCAAACGCGGUGACGUUUUUCAUCCUGGUGAUUGCGUUGACGGUCCCGUGCCGGGAGGCGGAAAAGCCGGACUUGGAUGUGCGGAAGGUUGAAGACCCGAUGCCCGCAUGGUAUAGAAUUUUGGAAUAGAAGCUGUAGAAGAAGUUCUUGUCUUGAUGUAUGAUCUUGCAAAAUAAAUUUAGAGAUAACUCGUGAUGCAAAUCCAGAAAAUGAAAAUCUGUAGAUGCCUUUUUUUCCUGUGAUCAUUAGGACGAUCCUUUUUCUCAAGCAAGUUCUCCAUCGGGAAAAAAAAAAUUAUCAGGUACUCCCCGAUGUCCCUCUGGAAGGACGGAUUUUGGUACAUUGGGGACAUUACCGGUCGAUCCAAUAACGCCGACAUGGCGAUGAUCUUUUCCUUCCAAAUCAUGGCCAUCGCCAACGUCUGCAUCGCCUGCGCGAGUGGGCCCAUGCGGCCGAAGGUGCGGAAGCUGGGUGUGAAUGUCGAGGGAGUGGAUGAGCCGCAGUCCCCGAUGCCGGCUGGUGGGAAUAACAAGCGCCACCAUUCUCAUGCAGGCCGGGAUUUGGAAGAGGGACGGCCGUUGAUGUUUUCGUCCGCCAGCAGUUCUUCCGCAAUUUCCUCGGCGGAGGAAGAAGCGGUAAUCAACCGGUACCGAUCGGGAGAAGCACCGGGGGUCUUAUCCCGCGAAGUCUCCCUGGUGAACCCGCAAAUCCGGCGCGGGGCAAGGACUUCCGCCGCGAUGCGCGGCGAGCAGAACGUCGGUGGGUUGUUGGAGGAGUUGGAAGACCGCUCCCCCGAGGCGGAGCGGGCCCGGUACGAGGAAAGCUUCUGGUUCCGGUUUUUUAACCACCCGUAUAAGACGAACAUGCUGACCAACGUGCCGUAUCAAAUGUAAAAAUGUCUGGGUCUGGAAGAGCGUAAACUUGUCAUGCAGGUUUUCCAUGACCCAUGACUGAGGUCUGGAAUGCGGGACCUAGCAUGACAGACACUGUGGGGUCUCUGUCAUGCCUAUCCUGCAUGAGAAACUGCCACCCGACUUGGUCCAAAGUGGACAGCUUUUGGCGCUCAUGCAACACAGGUUUUUGCAUGAUUUGGAUUCAGCAUGACAAGUUACAUCCUUCCAGACCCAGACUUAUUUGCAAUCCAUAUGCCAUUUGUCUGCGUGGCCUUGACCGCCUGGGUGUUCGUCACGGUGUUGCUCUUCACGAAGGACACGGGGAUCAACUACUUCUGGGACGUCAAUUCCUUCGCGCACCAGUCCGGGGUCCCGUUGAAGGACUACUUAUGCACUGCAAAAGUAGCGUACUCGUAUAAAUGCAUUACAAAUUAUCUCAGCAUGAGAAAUAAUAAUAAAAUUUGUAGUGCUGAUUUGCCUUGAUGAAGAAAAAAUUUGUAAUGCAAGACUUGCAUUUAUACGAGUGCGAUACUUUUGCACAGGAUAUUACUUUUCGGCCUACCACGGCGCCAUGCGGACCAUGCGGGACCUGGCGCACGGCGAGGUCGACGAGAUCACGAAAGGGGAUGGGAAGCAGGUCCUUGCCCUCCCGAAAAGCCAGCUACAACAAGCGGCGGCGAAGACACCUGCUGGUCCGACCAUGCAAAUCGAGGCGGGAGAGACCGACAAAGAGCGCAAUGCGCGCAUCAACGAGAAGACGGAGGAAAUUGCGGCCGAGAACAAGCAGAAGGAGCGGCAAAUGCAGGCCAAGGGGCAGGGGUCCGCGACUCCAACCACCGAUCAGCACCAGUCCUGCCAGUUUUACACCCAGAUGAUCAUGGACAGCAACGCGAAAACGUCGAACGUGGAGUUCGCACAGUCUUUCAUCCCGCACGACAUUGGUUUGGCGCAAGUUUCCACCGCCUCGCCCUUUGCGGGCUACCAGGAGGGGACGUGCGCGAUCCACGUGCGCAUCAAGGAUUCUGUAUUACACGCCGCGUCCGGGUCGAACCCGCAGAACGGGCAGAACGCGGACAGAGUCGAAGCGACCAUCACGGACUCGGGCAAUGCGGUGGGGGAAGAGCAGGCGCACAACUUUUUCCAGGAUCUCGGUUGGUUCGGGAAAUCCCAGCCGCACACGGACUCGACGGAGCAGAAGCGUUGGUGCGAGUACCUGUGCAUGAAUUCCUGGCCCUACCGGGCGGACUAUCAAAAGAAAAAAUCCCCCCUCCCCAUAUUGAAAACGAAACUUGUGAUGCUGUAUUUGAGUACACAAGUCGGCCUGUAAUGCUAGAAGGCCAAGCGCCGCAGUUGUGGCCUCGUUUGCAGGCGAUUUGUCAUGCUGCUUCCCACUUCCAGCUGCCUUCUGUCAUGCUGAAGACGCAUCAAGGCUUUCCCACGCCAACCAGCACUACAGUCCGCAUCUCUUCCCUUCUAGCAUGACAAAGCUGAUUUGUUGCCACAAAUCUGCAUCACAGAUUUCCGCUGUCGAUACGGGGAGAGGGGAUUUCUCUUCUUGAUACGGAUCGGUUGUCCUUCACCUGCAAAUUCUCCUACACCGGGGACGACAAGAACUGCUAUCUGUUCCAGGGAAACGUCGACCAGUUUCUGCAUGUGCCAGGUACUUACCUACGGAUUAUAUCAUACUGCUCAUGUUGUGCUGAAAUUUGCGAUGCUGCGAAAGAAUGCAUCACUCUCAGAUACAAAAUUGCUUUCUGUCUAUGAAGUGAACGCGAUCCGUUUUUCUUUCAAACACUCACAAUGUCGUACUUGCAUCUGCAAAUCGGUUUUUCUUGAUUCGGUCCAUUCAAAUUGGAAUGUAUCAUCUGAUCGUGAUAAUUAGAAAACGUUCUCCUCCAACAGGUAUGCCGAAUACGCAAGGGGCGGCCCAGGCAGCUACUCCUGCCCCGCAGGCAGCUUCGAAGGGAAAUCACGCGCAAAUGCAGAUGGGCGGGUCACAGCCCGGACAAACCGCAGCAUUUGGGGUACCCCUCGACAUGAUGGUUGCGGCCGCUUCAUCCGCGGCCUCCUUCUUGGAGGAGGAAGCAUUGCAGCGUGGAAUACGUAUGCAUGCAGACGCACCAGCGAGACCGCCGGAACCUGCAGGCGACACCGAGCCCGUGGUUGCCCCUCCAGAUUUCGACGCUCGUUCACCCGCUGCACCAGGAGCAGCUAAUGUGCAACAAUCUGGCAACGUCCAAGGAGGAGGUGUUGCCAAAGGCCAACAAGCCGCUGCCUCGCAAACCGUCGCACCCCCCAAGCCGGCGGACGAGUCCACCAUCGUCCGGGAGACGGAAAACGGCGAUUUGAACAAGCUCCGCGUGUUGGACCGCUACAACGUGUUCGGUUUGGAAAAAUCGGGCUACCAGUCCUACUCCUUCGUCGUCUUCGUCAUGAUCUGCAUGGUCUGCCACUCCCUCGGGGUGGUCUCCAUCGCGAAGGGGCUGCGCACGUAAGAGAAGCUGGCAUUUGCAGCUUCUUGAUGUAGUCGGUAGUUGGCGGUGAACACACUCAAACAACGCCACUUAAUAACGCAAAACCGCCAACUACGACCUCAAAUUCGGGAGAAAUUCGUUUGCUAGCUUCUUCGAUCACAUCAAUCCGGGGGCAAAGGAGCAGAAGAAGCAGCAAAUUAUAUCACGGGAGGCAGUUUUCCUUUUCUAGUAAAACUAACACUAUGUACCAGUACGUAUGUCAAUGUCUACUCCAUUUGUUUGAUUACAUUUACACUUGUACCAACCAAUUUAUAGCUUUUUCAACCGACCACGACUUACUUAUUUUGACAUUUCACCCAAUAGUAACUGUAACAGUAGCAAAUCUAAAUCACUAUUCGUCACAUAAAAAUUUUCCGAUUGACCACUACGACGCAGUUCUAUGAAUUUUCAAAAAACUCAAUGUACCAACCGACAAAUCGCUAUCACCAAAGUAUUACGUCGGGUUUACAACUAGAACUACCAGGACGCUUUGCAAACACACGACCAAAUCAGCAGUAGUAGCUCGUCUUUUGCCAGAACUUUUACAAACGCAGCUACCAAGGCAACUAGUACGUAGGGUUCGUCCCGGUAACCUCUACGACUGCUCGAUGACAAAGUCAGAAUGUAAAAUUUUGCAGUUUUCUGUAUGAUUCGCCUAGCACACGCACAUUGAAGUAAAUAAUGAGACGAGGACGCUGAGAGGACUGUGCAAGGUUAUGAAUCUAAAAUCAACAUCUAACUCAAUUUCAAUAAAUUUUGUAUACAACUGGAUCGCACGACGUUCUUCGAAAUCGCGCUACAAUUUCCGCGGCAAGAGCAACGAUGACUGAUCUCAGUCAUGCAUAAACGAAAGAUUUCCUCACACCUGUAGAAAACUAAAAUUAGAGACAGCUAUUAAAGAAGCUGCUGCACACUGUUAUUCACAUGAUAGCACAAGAAUGCGACUACUAGUCUACCAGUACCCCUGUGCAGAGGCGCAAAGAAUAUCAGGUCGUGAAACAAGA